CCCCCGCGCCGUUUUGUCGUCUUUUCUUUACAAGCCAGCCUCAGCCAGACUUUCCGGGCUCUUGUUAAGAUGCGGAUUUUGAUUCAGCAAUUCGGAGGUGGGGUUUGAAAGUCUACAUGCUGAACAGGCUGCUAGUUGAUGUUGGAGAUAAUAAGUCUGUAAAUAAGAAUGUGAAUUAAAAUUAGAGAGUGCUCCUAGAGAAGAGGAUAGAAGGAAGGAUAAUCCUUAAAGGGGAGACACCGCUGUAAAGAUGACGCGCGAGAGAGAACAUUGACCUGAGGCCAAGAAAUGGAAGACUAGGAGACAGCUUGGAGGGGAGCAGGGCGGAAAGAAAUGGGAACACCGGGGGGAGAUGCUCCUCAGAGAAAACCUCAUGAUUUCCUGAUUUAUUUGUUGAUCGAUUUAUUAGAAGGUUGAAAGCACAAAGGUGUUCAGGAAUCCUCCCAGAUCUCUCAACAGCUUAGGGAUUGGUGCUGUCAUGGUUUGAGAACGAAGGAAAAAGAAAAAACUCAAGAGAAAGAAAGAAAUAUUAAUUGUAAAAGUAAUAGUAAAAAUAUUUAUCUCAUACUACAGUGGUAUAAAUGCAAUGAAAAAUUGUUUAUAAAGCACAAGAACCCCCGCGGAUACCUAAAUCUGUGGGUGCUCAAGUGCCUUAUAUAAAAUGGUGUAUUUCCAUAUAACUUAUACCCACCCUAGCAUAUACUUUAAAUCCUUUCCUGAUUAUUUGUAAUACUUAAUACAACGAACAGGUUAUGUAGAUAGUUGUUAUUUCAUAUUGCUUAGGAAAUAAAGACAAGACAGGGCAACAAUGCUCAGACGGGUAGUGCUGGAGUGAGACUGAGGAUCUGUGACAUGGUAGGAGGAUACAGCAGGGUGUGCCUACACGUCACUUCCUGCCUGUGGAUUCAGCUUAGUGCUAAGCAUGCUGCACAUUCAAGUUCUGGUGUUUGGAAUUUUUUUCCUCAGUUAUUUCCGAUCCACAGUUGGUUCAGUGCACGGAUAUGGAACCCGCAGAUACUUAGGGCCAGCUGUAGAAUGAAAAAAUUGUUGAAACAGCAUAUUAAAAUGGUUAUUACUGCACAUAAUUAAAAAUGAAUGAACCAUGAUGAGUUCGUUGACAAAAGUUGAAAAAUAUGUUACUUAUAAUUUGAAAAAACCAGAAAACCAAACCUGUUGCCAUCGAGUCCAUUCCAACUCCUAGCGACCCUAUAGGACAGAGUAGAACUGCCCCAGAGGGUUUCCAGGGAGCUCCUGGUAGAUUUGAACUGCCGACCUUCUGGUUAGCAGCCAUAACUCUUAACCACUACGCCACCAGGGUUUCCCCAGAUAGUUUACCCAUGUUAGUAUCAAAUAACAGUGUGUGUGUUGAUGUAUAAGAGACAAAGUUACACAGGUGAACCCACAACUUCAACGCUGGACCCCUGACUCCCUGGAGGAAAUCAGGUUCAAGUUUUGCAGCCUGGCCAGGCCUGGUUGCUUCCCAUGCUCUGGGAUAAGUAAAUUCCUCCGUCUGUGAUCUUGCUGGCAGAAAGAAGAGGCCCAUGGAGCCGCAUGAAGAAUGCAGGUGUGUGCUCUGGAGGCUGGAGCCUGUUCUGCCUUCAGUGCAAAUGCUCUCAGGGUGGAGCGUGGCCCUGAGCCUGGGAGGAGGCCAGAGACCUGUCACUCCCUGCUUCCUCAACACUUUCCUCCCCAUCCUUCUUCCAUUUCAGGUCUCAGGUGUGGUGCAGGGAGAACUAGGCCAGUCCAGGCAGCUGGGGACCUAGGGUGACCAUCUUGCACAUCCGUAAAUCACAGGGAAGGAUUUCAGCUGCUCAGACUAGUGUGUGGACCAAACAUUAUUCAUCUGCCUCCAAACUGCCCAGUGCUCUGCUUCCACUCCCGUCCCUCUUCCUGACGUGGCUUCAUGGGCUCAGAGACGACAUUCCCUUAGACUUCCAGAAGCUGGAGAAGGAAAUGGACUCAGUGGUGAUUGAGGAUGUGGCUGUGGUCUUUAGCCAAGAAGAAUGGGCUCUGCUGGAUCUUGCUCAAAAGAAACUGUACAGAGAUGUGAUGAUGGAAACCUUCAGAAACCUGGCUUCAGUAGACUCUCAAAACUUUAACGAUGGAGAAAAGUUAUCCAGUGAACAUAUAAUGAUGCAGUUCAUGAAGAAUAAUCUGUGGUCCUCCAUGUUACGAGAAAUCUCCGACCAAUCACAUGACAAUAAAGAUCAACUUAAAAACCAGAAGAGACAUUUGAGCAUGUUGCCUGUUUUUAACAGAAGUCAUACAGUAGAGAACCUCUGUGAAAGUAACGAAGGCAAUAAGUGUGGGAAAAUCUUCAGCCAGAUUUCAAAUCCUACUGUGCUAAAAAGAAAUCAUCCAGAAGCAGAUCCUUUUGAAUGCUGUAAGCAUGGAAAAGCCUUCGUGAAUCACUCAUCACAUAAUCAUCAUGCCAGCUGUCAUACUGGAUGCAGUACCUGUCAGUGUAAGCAAUGUGGAGAAGCUUGCAAUUGCCCUUCUCACUUAACCACUUCUAUGAGAACUCUUAACGGAAAGAAACUCCAUAAAUGUAAAGUAUGUCGGAAGGACUUCAUUUGUAUCUCAACUCUUAAGACUCCUGUGACAACACUCACUGGUGAGAAACGCUAUGAAUGUAACCAAUGUGGGAAGGAUUUUUGUAGUUCCUCAUCCUUUUGGACACAUGUGAGAGGUCAUAAGCGUGAAUGCAAAGACAGUUGUAAAACCUAUAGUCGUCAUUUAUCUCUCAUUUUACAUAAAAAGUUUCACAGGAGAAAUAAGCCUUCUGAAUGCAAGGAAUGUGGGAAAGCCUUUAGUCGUUCCUCAUACCUCACUACACAUAUAAGAACUCACAGUGGAGAGAGGCCUUAUGAAUGUAAGGAAUGUGGGAAAGCAUUUCGUGAGGCCUCAUCCCUCACUAAACAUAGAAGAACUCACAGUGGAGUGAGGCCUUACAAUUGCAAGGAAUGUGGGAAAGCCUUUAGUCGUUCCUCAUCCCUCACUUAUCAUAUGAGGACUCACAGUGGAGAGAGACCUUAUGAAUGUAAGGAAUGUGGGAAAGCGUUUAGUCGUUCCUCAUCCCUCACUACACAUACAAGAACUCACAGUGGAGAGAGGCCUUAUGAAUGUAAGGAUUGUGGGAAAGCCUUUAGUCAGACCUCAAGCCUCACUACACAUAUGCGAACUCACAGUGGAGAAAGGCCUUAUGAAUGCAAGGCAUGUGGGAAAGCCUUUAGAUGUUCCUCACACCUCACUACACAUAUAAAAACUCACAAUGGGCAGAGGCCUUAUGAAUGUAAGGAAUGUGGGAAAGCUUUUAGUCAGACAUCAUCCCUCACUAAACAUAUAACAAGUCACAGUGGAUUGAGGCCUUUUAAAUGUAAAGAAUGUGGGAAAACCUUUAAAUGUUCCUCAGACCUCACUACACAUAUAAAAACUCACAGUGGACAGAGGCCUUAUCAAUGUAAGGAAUGUGGAAAAGCAUUUAGUAAUUCUUCAGCUCUCACUAAACAUAGAAGAAUUCACAGUGGAGAGAUGCCUUACGAAUGUAAAGAAUGUGGCAAAGUCUUUAGGCAACCUUCAAACCUCGCUACACAUAGAAGAAUUCACAGUGGGGAAAGAGCUUAUGAAUGUAAGCAAUGUGGGAAAGCUUUUAGGCGUUCCUCACACCUUAAUACACAUGUAAGAAUUCACAGUGGAGAGAGACCUUAUGAAUGUAAGGAAUGUGGUAAAACCUUUAGUCGUUCCUAUUGUCUCUCUGAACACAUAAGGACUCACACUGGAGAGAGGCCUUAUGAAUGUAAGGAAUGUGGGAAAGCCUUUAGUUGUUCCUCAUCCCUCACUCAUCAUAUAAGAACUCACACUGGAGAGAGGCCUUAUGAAUGUAAAGAAUGUGGGAAAGCCUUUAGUCAGUCCUCAGCCCUCAAUACACAUAGAAGAAUUCACAGUGGAGGAAGGACUUACGAAUGUAAGGAGUGUAGGAAAGUCUUUAGUCGUUCCUCACACCUCACUUCACAUAUAAGAACUCACAUUGGAGAGAUUACUCUGUGUCAUAAGUGGGAUGUUUCAUCCAUACUGUUAUAAUUUCAAAUAGCAAAUUUCUUAAAGUCUGCAAUUAAAGAACAAAGUUUCUCAGUGAGUAAGGGAGCAAUACGCAAAGGUGUCAUUACAGCUAUUUUAUGCCUUUGGGAGAAAUGACUGUUUCAUUGUAACUAUGAGGUAGUUCUCAUCAGUGUUUGUUACUUUCUUAGUCCAAGCUAAAUUUUACAUUUCUGAAAGUUUUAGUCUAUUACAAAUAAGGCUGUAGUGAAUAAGCUUGAGCAAAUGUGGUUUUGUAUUUUUUAAUGAUUUUAUUGAUGUUAUUUUGUAUAUGAUUAGAAACACUUAAUUUGGUUUAAGAGUGUUUUGUUUACCUAUUUAAUGCAUUUCUUUCCACUCUUUUCUGUUAUAAAGGUAAUUUUAUUACCCUUUGUAAUUAGUAAGUUUCUCAUAGGGAAAUAUUUUCAGACUAUGUAAAUAUUGGUUUUUAUCGUGUUUUGGAGUACUUAUUUUUGUAUCCAUUUAUAAUAUCUAUUGUUAUUGUUACUCUGCUGUCUACCAAAUGAUAUUGCCUCUUCCAUUCAUUUCCUCUAUGUUCAUCAAUUGGAAUUCUGCAAAAAAUAGCCUUGCUUUUCCUUUCUCUUCCGUCUAUUUAUUAAAUUGUUUAUAAUAGUACAGGCAGCUCCUAAUUAGUAACAAGUUCCAUUUGUGAAUCUGUCUUUCAGUUAAAUUUGUAUGUACGUUGGACCAGCGAGGUACCAUUCGUAUCUAACAUAGGUUAGGGAAAAGUUUGUUUUGAUAUGUAGUAUAUAAUGUAAAUUACUGUGCAUAAAAAACAUUAAGAAACACUUCUAGAUAUACUAAGCCAGCGUUAAUAUGAUGAUGCAGUAAUAAUAAUUUGAUAUAUGUCACAAAGUAGUGCCUGUUUUUUUAUUACAAAUCUUUGCCGCUUCAUUAGAUUUCCUCUUGGUGUGCCUCCUGUACUCCUGACCGUGGGAGUCCAAAAAGCCACCCACAUGGGCACUGUGCAUGCAAACCCCCACAUUUGGGUGGGAUGGGUAGAGGUGGGAGGGAAGUGCAAAGCAUAGACCUUGCACUUGUGCAGCUGCAUGCAUGGCAUUGCAGGGGGUGCCAGCUUCUGCCUGGCUCCAAGUAGCGAGAGUAAGCUGUGGGCAGACACUGCACAGUCACCAGACAAGGAAUGCAGGGUUUGACCUUCUGCAGGAAGGGUUUUCAUUUGUAAUAAGCUAUAUGGGCAUUGGUUUGUGACUACAGGUUGUACAUUUAUAACACAGGGACUGCUGCUUAUAUAGGCUAAUCCAUUUUUUUCCUUGCUCAAAUUAUCACAGAUUUGGUUAUUAGGAACUCUCUUAAAUAGGUUCCUGUAUUUAUCUGACAUGUCCCUAGUAUAGUUUGAAUAUUCCUUCCUGCAAGCAUUUAGGGAUAGUGUUGUCCUUGUCAUGCCCAAGCCCUGGCAUCACUUUUCUCCAGGAAAGCUUGGUUCCUAUUAGAGAAUGAUAUUUAGAAAGAACUGGGAGUUAGGUGUGCUUAUUGCUACUGGACUCUCAAAGUGGAAAGAGCUAGGAAAUACGUGCGUAUACACACACAAAGACACAUAUUUAUACCUAUUUCUGUAAGUAUGUAUUUUUAAAACCAUGAGAUAAUUUUCAUGUAUCUUGCAGUCCAAUACUACAGUUUUUAGUAUUUUCCAUUACUUUAUAUGUCACUUCUUUGAUAGUGAUAUUCCUGGUUCUCAUUAUUCGCCAUGCAUUAUUUGCUGAGUCUUUAUAAGUAAAGCAGUUUCGUAACUGCUGUAAGGUGGUGAACCACCUUGGAGACACCAAUUUGGCAUUUGUUUGAAGUUCCUGAGAGUUGGAUUGCAGCUGAGGAUGAUGAGUGAGGGCAAGUAGGAUUGGAGGGAACACCUGAUGGUCUGAUAUUAACCUCUUGAGGCAUAAUGUAGCUUUUAUGCAGAACUGGUGUAUGGAAGUGCAGAAAUCGUAGGCUUAAGGGAGCUUCCCAGGUUUUGAGAAACAUCCAUCCGUUUGGAGGGUAGCAUGUUGGGGGCACAUGGCAGCUUUGCACUGGGACCCUCCCAGACCUCACCCAAUGCAUCUCUUCAUUUGUAUCCUUUUUGGUCAUAUUUAAGCAGUUAUUGUAAGGGUGGCCUUUUCGUGAAUUCUGUGAGUCAUUCCAGUGAACUAAACCGAAGGACAUCUCAAAAUUAAGAGGCCUGGGGACCCUUGAUCUCUUGGCUCAUAUUCUAUGGGGUUUAGAGGGACCCCCAGACUUUUACCCAGGAGAUGAGAAGUUAGGAGUCAUUUAGACUUCUAAACUCACAACUGGUGUCUGCCUGUUUGGCUGUCUGAAGGACGAUGUCCUUUUAACUUGAGGUCUGGCCUAGCUCUGAAUGGCUAGAGUCAGAGAAUCCUGUGUGGGUGGCUGGUGUCAGAACUAAACAAGGACAGGAAUCUGCAAUUUUCACAUGACACAGUUGGCCUGUGAGGUGGGAUUUUUUAAGUCUCCUUGGUAUACGUAGUUGAAGCCAUUAAGUUCCAUCUGAUCUUAAAACUGAUGUCUCAACUACUGUAUUACACGUUUGUUGGAGUUUUAGUGAAGGUUGGAAAAUGGGUUGACCCAGACUGUCUGUGCACCUGAUGUCUGUAUAUAGUAGUCAGUAAAUAACUUUGAGUAAAUGAAUGAAUGAGUACAUUUAGAGGCAAUCGGAGAAACUUUCUCAAUUUCCUGCCUCUCCUUACAAAAGUUUCUACUCCCAUACCCAUCCACACCUUCAUACUGUGUCUCAAAGAAGAAUUUGGCCCUCUCCAUCAGCUCUGGGUUCUUUCCCUUCUUUUCUGAUCAUCACACCAUGAAUCAUUUACUCUCUCCAGCAUCAUCAAUAUCUCUUGUCUCCAGACUAUUUGCCGUUAGUAUCAAAUUUCUCCAAUCUAAUUGAGCCCUUUUCUAGCUGUUUUCAGCUCUUUUCACGAUCUUCAUGUUUAAGCUUCUUUGAAAAGGUGCUACAGCUACCCAUGUUAUUGGCUUCAACCACCAACCCAAUCAGCUCUCACAUAUCCACAUCGCCAGCACAGAUCACUUUCCCAGACUUAAGCCCCAAAUAUUCUAUAAUCAUUACAAUGGACUCCGAAGAGUUUCUCCUGUCAUACUUAUAUCCUUUAGCCACUUCACUACUGCCAGUGGAAUGUUGGUUUUCAAACUCGGCAUCUAAUUACAUUCCUCUUCUACUUAUCUGUAUUGCUACCUCACCUAUCUAAAAUGCAUUUCUCUCCCUGUUUCUUUAAUUUUACAUCAAGACUUCUCUGUAAGGCCACCACUUCUAGGAACCCUUCAACCAUCACGCCAACUGCCCUUUGUACUAUCCUGGUAGUCUUUCUUGGGACCUAGUAUAGCACUAAUUAUUCUCUGUCUCACUUACUAUAAAUCAAUGAUAUUAAACCCAUCUCCUGCCUCUAAUUUUCUAAUCACAUGUUUAAGUUUAUAAGUUGCGUCUAGUUCCUUUCAAAUCUACAGCAUCAUUUGUUAUUGUUUCCAGUUUCUGCCUUUUAUCCUCAUGACCAUGGGAAGCAUAGGUAUUUUACAUUUGUGUAUCUGUUUCUGUUGUCCAGGCUGGUUUAUUCCCUGUGUGUCUGAUAAUUUGUUUUUCUGUGGUAGACAUUAUAUUCCAUUCCAGUGUUUUGAGCAGGGUUCAGCAAACAUUUUUGUUAAGGGCUAGAUAGUAAACAUUAGGCUUUGCAGGCUGUAUAUUCACCUUUGCAAACACUUAACUUUGCAGUUGUAGCUCAAAAGCAGCUGUAGACAAUAUGCCUGUGAGUGGUCAUAGCCACGUUCUGAGAACAUGGUAUUUACAAAAGCAGCUGUUGGGCACAUUUAUCCUGGGACUGUGUAGUGUAUGGACUCCUGAGUUAGCGAGUAGAUUCAGAUAUAGGGAGCAGGCAAAUCACAGAGGACCCUGUAAAAUCAAUAGAACAAAUAAUAUGCAGCUUCCUUUCUGCUAAUGAGACUCACCUAGUAGAAGGUUCAUCAUGAGUAUGUCUCUUUGGCUCUGCCCUGUGUACCUGGCCAAUGCUGAUGUGACUGUCAGACUGUCAUUCUGACCUUCCCCUGUA